AUGUCUACCGCCGGUCCUUUUGUGCUCCCCGGUGACGAGAUCGACGCGUCCCUGAUUCCGUCACAUCAGAAACUUCCGUUACGACUCGGUCCCGGGCUUCGACAUGUUCCUCCCAGACAAAUAGUGCCCACCAUCGCCGGCAAGCUGGUCUCCGACCGCAAGAAGAACUCGAUAUGGGUUGAGCAAACGAGUGGACGGUACAUCCCCGCCGCUGGCGACCUCGUCAUCGGUACCAUCCAGCGCACCGCCGCCGAACUCUACUACGUCCUUCUGGCUGAUUACUCGACACCUGCGACCCUGCCCCAACUCGCCUUCGAAAUGGCAACGAAGAAGUCUCGCCCCCAGCUGGCCUCUGGCGCCCUCGUCUACGCCCGUGUAACGCUCGCGAACAAGCACAUGGACCCCGAGCUCGAGUGCGUCUAUCAGUCCACCGGAAAGGCCGACGGCCUGGGUCCUCUGGUUGGCGGCAUGCUCUUCGAUAUAUCUCUCGGCAUGGCGCGCCGCUUGCUCAAGCCCAAGACGACAGAUCUCGUCGUGUUAGAGGAGCUGGGUGCCACGGGUGCGGCCUUCGAGACAGCCGUGGGCCGGAACGGCAAGAUCUGGGUCAACAGCGAGAGCGUCAAGAUCAUCAUUGCGGUGGGAAGGGCUAUCCAGGAGACCGACGAACAUGGUCUCACAGCCGAACAACAGAAGAAGCUCGUACGGUCCUUAAUUCAAGACUUGAGUUAA